CUCUCUUCAGAGCGAUCGGAAAGAUGGAGACAAAGUUCAAAAUCGCGGCCCGCAACAGAAAAGAACGCGACCCGCGCCGAUUUUAGCAUGUGCCCUGUCGCCUCCCCUGGUAAAAGGACAAGGGGGUUUGAUGCCAAGCUUCCCCAGGAUUGAAAUCGACCCACAUUUAUUUUGACAGCAGCUCUGUUGCUGGUUGAGACUUCUUCCCAACAUUGAGAUCUCAGCAGUUGAUAUCGACACGCGCAAAUAUGGCACACAGCAAAAGAAACACCACCCGCCCAAUCUUCACCUCCCACGAGCGGGCCAUGGCUCGCGCGGCCUGGGGUGAUUCCACCGCCCGUCUCGGCCGCGACUCCUUCCUCCCGUUUGCCUCUUGCUGGCUAUGUCUAGAGCCCGCCAUCGAUCCAGUCGCAUGCACCAAUGGCGACUUAUUCUGCCGCGAAUGCGCCCUGAGCAACAUCCUCGCCCAAAAGAAAGAAAUCAAACGCAAUGAAAAGGCCCGAGAACAGGAAGACAAGGAGGCUCUAGAGGAGCAGGCGCGUGCCGAUGCCGAAGCUGAGGCGAGAGCAAUUCGGGAGUUUGAGUUGACACAGGCCGGGCUGAGUCUCAAGCCUGCUACUCGAGCCGAUGGGAGGAAGUCGUUGAUGUCAACAUCAACACCAAUGGAGAAACCGCCACCUGAGGCAACACCAUCGAAAUCAAACGGGACACCUGAUCCUACUGCGAAAACGGGCGAGAAACGCAAUUUUGCCCUUGACGAGGACGAAUUAGCACGUAUUGCAUCCGAGGAAAGAGCCAAGGCAAGAAAGGCGAUUGACAGUGAAAAGGCCGCAAAACCAACACUGCCCUCCUUCUGGUCCCCUUUCGUAACGCCCUCCUCCAACAAAAACAACACCCUCCACGAAGUCAAGAGAAAGACCAAAACCCAACCAACUUGUCCCUCGAGCUCACAAGACCACCCCCACUAUUACUCCCUCCACACUCUCGUAUCAGUCCACUUCACUGAAGAAACCGACUCCUCCACCAAAAAGACAACAAGAAUAUGUCCCGCCUGUAAAAAGGGCCUGACCAACUCAUCCAGAGCCACUCUCGCAAAGCCAUGCGGCCACGUCCUUUGCAAGAGCUGCGUCGACCAGUUCAUGAAGCCUUCCUCCUCCAAGUCAUCAGAACCGGUCUUGUGUUAUGUCUGUGAAGCUAACCUGACAGAGUCCAAACCCAGCAAGAAAGAGAAGGAGGGCAAAGAGAAAGAAAAAGUACGUCCCGGCCUCGUCGAGCUACGCAGAGAAGGUACUGGCUUUUCUGCGGGAGGAGCCAACACGGUCAAAAAGGACACUGUAACUUUUACCGUGUAGAUGUUUUUUCCGGAACGCCCGCAAAUACCCAAUAUUCUUCUAUAUAACAAUCAAUGCAUUUCAUAA